CGAAUACGAAUACCGUAUGAUGCGGAUCACGCUGGCUUGUGGAGGGUACAAGUAUGUGGUUACGAGUGAGAGACAACAGCAACCAUACGCAACAUACCAGUGCUCGAGUAACAACACUGGCAGGAGAGACAAGUUCCACAUUUAUUUUUUACCGUCUAGGGAUAGUGAGGACCUCCUCCCCCAUUAGUUACAAGUUAACCUAUCCCCUCCCCCCCCGAAAUCCCACCCCCCCCCCCUUUCCAACAUCCCUCCCCCUUCCCCUCCACUCGCCUUUCCACCUCCCGAAAUAUUUGAUCCGGCGUCUGCGGCAUUAUUGAUUUAUUAUUCGUCGUUUACGCUACUUCACCCAUAUAUAUAUAGUCAUGCUGUCGUCCACCCGUUCCCUUCCACGAUCCUUCCUCUGCCCUUCCCGAUCAACCAUCUCCCGUAACUUUUCUGAUCAACGUAAGCAACGCUUUAACCACAAACCUAAACCCGAGACAUCUCAAAACACCGCGACCGCUUUAGCCUCCUACAAGCACUAUCUGCCCUCAUCCCCAUCAUCAUCAUCAGCUUCCGCCAAGUUCUCAUCCUCCUCGUCUUCUUCUUCGGCACAUUUACCGUCGACAGCCAGCCCUGCAACUUCACCUUCUUUCUCCCAGCUUCCACCGAAUCUCGCAAGGGCGAACACGAACUUCCUUGGUCAGGACGCUAAUUUCGAACAAUCUCUGAGCAUGGCCCCUCCUACUCUGGUGACUCCUUUCUUGAGAUCUGGUACUCCUAGUCAAAAGUAUAGCUUCUAUUCCUUCAAUUGCAUCCUCGGUUGAGAGCUUUCUCGCUGACGACUGUGUUUGUUGCAGUGGGGAUCACCAAGCUUCUUCCGCAGUCCACUCUGCCACUCACUCCCGUUCACACUCUCCAACCGAUUUCGACACCUCUUACAACGAGGACCUUCGUGCUCAGCUUAAGGUCCGUGGGCUUCUCCCGCCUCAUGUCGAGAGCUAUGAGCUUCAGAAAGCUCGAUGUGAGUUAUUUCUCCGUUAUGGUUAUCGGGCUGCGAACUGCUUUUUUUCUGGAGCUUCUCUUUUCAAAGUCUUUUUUUUGUCUUGUGAUACGCAUCGUGUGAAGAAUCCCUGUGUUUUACCGGGGGUUCAAAUUUCAGCCCCGAUGUGUUGUUUCACCCUUGUUCUACUGCCGUGUCCCAACUCCCGCCGCGUUGCCGAAUGAACCGAGUAUUGCAUGGUUGCUCUAUGUUUGCUUACUGUGGUCUGCGUAUUAGGUCUCGAACAGAUCGCUCAAAAGUCAAAUCCUAUCGACAAGUACAUGUAUUUGUCCAAUUUGCGCAAUACCAAUGUAAACCUUUUCUAUCGCUUGUUGAUGGAUAACAUGAAGGUCAGCGUUUUUUUCUUCCUUUCUUUUGAUUUCCCACACCCACUCUUCCUCGCUUGGGCUGCCCCAGAAAAGAGAAUCCGUAUUAUUAUUUUUGUUGAGCCCGGGAAUACUGUUGCCUAGGGUAGUCUGCAUUGGCAAUUUUCCCGGGAAAGCCGCGAAUGCUGACAGUUCAUUCGGAGAAUUCAGGAAAUCACCCCUCUUGUGUACACUCCGGUAGUUGGCGAAGCAUGUGUAAAAUGGUCGCAUAUUUACACCCAGCCCGAAGGUUAGUGAGAGUUUUGGAUUUCCCAUAUUUUUUUUCACUCCUGUCCUCCGGUUUCGCCCGCUAGCUUGCGGCGCUAGUUUUAUCGUGCUUGGGCUCCCGGUGGGCUCUGUCUGGGGUUGCUGCUAGCUAGUUUCUUGGCUGUUUUCUGACACCUUACAGGGCUAUAUUUGUCCCACGGCGACCGCGGUAAGCUCCGUGGAAUCCUUGACAACUGGACUGCAGACAAAGUCGACAUUGCUGUUGUCACUGAUGGCUCGCGUAUUUUGGGGCUUGGCGAUCUCGGGGUCAACGGGAUGGGUAUUCCCGUAGGAAAGCUUGCCCUCUACGUCGGGUGCGCCGGUAUCCAGCCCGAUCGUACUCUUCCCAUCACUAUCGACGUUGGAACCGAGAAUGCCGCCAAUCUCAAUGAUCCGUUGUAUUUGGGUGCUAAGAUGCAUCGCGUUAGCGAGGCAGAGCAGUUGGAGUUUCUUGACGAGAUGAUGAUUGCCCUUAACGAUAAAUGGCCUGGGUAUGUUUCUCGUUUUCUGCUUGUAAUUGAAUCCGACUAACGUUCUCAGCCUUGUCGUCCAAUUUGAGGACUUUAAAAAUCCUUUCCCAUCUCUAGAGCGAUACCGCAACACAUACACUUGCUUCAACGAUGAUAUCCAGGGAACUGGCGCCGUCGUGCUUGGAGGCACCAUCAAUGCCCUCAAAAGCACCGGCAUCCCCUUCAAGGACCAGAAAUUGGUUUUCUUUGGUGCCGGUUCCGCAGCUGUUGGUGUUGCCAAGCAGAUUUGUGAGCUCUUUAUCAAGAGUGGCAUUCCGGAGUCUGAUGCUAGAAAGAUGUUCUGGCUCGUGGAUUCAAAGGUAUGUUGUGCCCCGUGUCAUGAAUCUAACGGAUACUGAUUUGGUUUCACUAGGGAAUGGUAGCCAAUGACCGCGGUGAUACUUUACAAGAACAUAAAGUAUAUUUCUCUCGAGACGAUAACAAUGGUCAGCAAUUCAAGUCGCUUGAAGAGGUUGUGGAUUAUGUCAAACCCACUGCUCUCAUGGGGCUCUCUACUAUUGGUGGAGCGUUCAAAGAGCCAGUAAUCCGCAAGAUGGCAAGCUAUAACGACAGGCCAAUCAUCUUCCCUCUCUCGAAUCCUUCCAGCAAGUCGGAGUGCACCUAUGAACAGGCGAUGCAAUGGACCAACAACAAGGUCAUCUUCGCCUCUGGAUCGCCCUUCCCAGAGUUUGAAGCCGAUGGCAGGGUCUAUACUCCCGGUCAAGGUAAGAGUUCACCAUCUGGAAUACGCAAGGUCUGGUUUCUUACAAUCUUACAGGAAACAACAUGUACGUGUUCCCUGGUAUCGGACUUGGCACUGUCUUGUGUGAGGCUGUGCACGUCACCCAGGAGAUGGUCUACGCAUCUGCUGUCGGGUUGGCCGAUUCUCUCACGGAUGAGGAGCGUGAGAAGGGCUGGCUCUACCCCAACCUUGACCGAAUCAGGUCGAUCUCUGUCGCCGUCGCUCGCUCCGUCAUUCGUGCUGCUCAGAAGGAGAACCUCGACAAGAACAAAACCUUGCAGUGGCUCAACGACAUGGAACUCGACAACUACAUCCGCUCCAAGAUGUACAACCCCGCCGGUGAUCAUUCCGGAUCGUCAAGCCCCACUCUGGAGGUCAACGGCAACGCAGCUAAACUUUCAAAUUUGUAGAUGGAUUGCGUGAUUAGUGUUAGAUUUUUCUCAUCUUUCCAGUUGUGGAUAUUCCCAUCUGCCUUGCAUUCUCGGGUGUUGGUAAUUUCUGCGACGGCUUUGUCCCCCUUUUGAUAACCGGGGGCUUGGGUCUAAUGUUUUCAUUAAUCUUGUGGCCGGUAUUUUCAAUUUUCGAUAUUUAUUCCUUGGGUUGGGUUGAAACGGGAAAAGAACUCUAUUUUUUUAUUCUUUAUUGGUUGGGG